AUGAAAUAUUUAACAAAUGUUAUUUUUUGUUGCAGUGACAACAAUGUAGUUCGAGCUUGGCGGUGCAGAGCUCCGGCCUGCACCGCCAAAGUAAGAGAAGACAGGAGGGGGGAGGGUUUCAACUAACAGCCCUGCAUAACCAUCCCCCAAAAGAGUGCAGAGAGUGCCAAGGACUGAAAGGAACCAUCGCGCAGCAGGCGGCUGCUCAGGAGGGCAUCAAGGCUGAACUGCAGCUGCGCAAUUCCCAGAUAGAGACGACCAAUACUGCCCAAAAGAGACUUCAAGCAAAGCUCAAGAAACUGGAAACAGCAAAUGACAAGCUGCAGAACAAGAUCCUCCGUCUGGAGACGGAGCUGGCCAUCCAGGCCAAGAAGAUGGCGGAGACACAGGACCGCGAGCAGAGCGGGAAGGAUCGGGAGAUCCAGACCCUUCAGCGCCAACUACGGGAGAAAACACUGGAGAUCAAUAAGCUGAAGUCCCAACCUCCGCAGGUGCGGUCACUGGAGGCCCAGGUAGACCUGGCCAAUCGUCAGCUCCGUCAGCAGAAACAAGAGGCCAGCUUCGUCACCCCCGCUGCACGCAGCCUCAACACCAGCGCAGACAGCAUCAAGGACACUGCUGCAGCAGCUCCGAGGUUCUUUGUGUCAGAGUGCUAUCCCACAGAGACUCAGAACAAGUCGAAGCGGUCAGGAUCAGCAAACACCCCAGUUGCCAUGCCCAGUCCUGCGGUGCCCAACAUGAUGGCUGUACUGAAGGACGUGAAGCCGCGCUCCGUGGAGAGGUCCCCCGGAGGCACGCCCAUCAGACAGAAGCCUAAAGAGUCUAAUGUGCAGGACCUGGCCGCGCGCAUCGCCCAGGCUCUGCGGAGGAAGUUCGCCCACAGGAAACAGAUCGUGUCACCUGACCAGCUGGACAAAGAAAAUGAUUGGCCGUUCCCGGAGACGAGUGGCAGCCCGAAGUUUGGCUGUGCGCUUCUAAAGCCUGUGCAGAGGAGAAGCAGCCACAGCACCUAUCGUUCCAGACUCCACUCUGCACCCUCCGCUGUACAGCCACGUACACGACCAGAGAGAUCAGCAUCAGACGCAUCUGCCACAGUUUGGAGUUCCAGGCGGACAGAAAGCGGCUCCACAGUCCGGUGGGUGCAUCUGGUGUAGCAACGUCUUCGUCCGUCAGACUAGUGGUUUCUUCCAUCAGAGAAGUGGGUUCCAUCGUCUAAAAAGGACGUCUUCUGUGAAAGGCACAGAAAGUUGAAUUUAUGUGAAUCUCAAUGAAACCUAACACUGCCCUAAAACUUCAGUGCCAUAUGCCAUGAAUGUAAAUAAGUAAAUUACAUCCUGUAUACAAUGACCUUUAGGUCAUGGGCAAAUAGCUGGUAGCUUUUAACAUAUAAGCUCCUAAGUUACAGAGAAAAAUAUUGUGUUUUGAACUGAACCAAAUUUAAAGAGGCAAAAUUGUUAUUUCAAAAUCCUAGUUAAUGAUUUUCAUGCUUGUUUUUUGUACCUAAACCGAUCAGGAACCCUUUUUUACGUCUUUUUACCUAGGGGGGUGGGGGGUGCGGAAGCACUUACCUUGUAUAUAUAAAAAAAUCCAGCAUCCAGCACAUCCAAUCCUUCGAAAGAUGUUGAGACUAAAUGUCCAGCCAGACUGUCAUGUGUACAAGGAUCACCAGAAACCGCCUGUAACCAUGGAAACUGUAUCCAUGGAAAUCGCCCUGUAACCAUGGUUCUCGUUGCUUGUAUGAACGACUAGUUUUGUUCCCUCGUUUUAGGAGUAUAAAAAAGAAGAGAGAGAAAAUUGAGGCUGAAUUGUAACCUAUCUCUAUCAAUGUCUAUAUUAAACGUUAUAACACCCUUAUAAUAAGUUAUAUCUGACAUUUUAUACGUUAACUGUUAAUGUUUUUAUUGUAUGAAUAAAGUUGCCAAACUGAACGAUGGUCUCGCCUCGAUCAUGUGAUGGCGUGUCUCCCUGCUUUAUGAAGCUACGACGCUGCACCUUGGAUCCGGCUACAGUAUAACCAGGCACAAAUGUGCUGACGUCUCCCUCUUGACGUAUCGUUGGCAGUGAUAAAACGGCACAGGUGUAAUACAACUCACAUUUCUCACUCCA